GCCGGGGGAACCUCACCGGGGAGCCGGAUCCGAGGAAGCCCCGAUCGGGGGAACCUCACCUGGGAGCCGGAUCCGAGGGAGCCCCGUUCGGGGGACCCUCACUGGGGAGGCGGAUCCGGGGGAGCCCCGAUCGGGGGAACCUCACCUGGGAGCCGGAUCCGAGGGAGCCCCGACCCGAAUCCGAGGGAGCCCCGAUCGGGGAAACCUCACCUGGGAGCCGGAUCCGAGGGAGCCCCGAUCGGGGAAACCUCACCUGGGAGCCGGAUCCGAGGGAGCCCCGUUCGGGGAGAACCACACCUGGAAGCAGGAUCCGAGGGAGCCCCAAUCCGAUAACUUGUAGAAAUGGCUGCUAUUUAUUCUGGCAUUUCCUUUAAGCUUAAAAACAAGACAACUUCCUGGGAAGAUAAAUUAAAACUAGCUCACUUUGCUUGGAUUUCCCACCAGUGCUUUCUUCCAAAUAAAGAACAAGUUUUACUUGAUUGGGCAAGACAGUCAUUGGUUGCAUUUUACAAGAAAAAACUUGAACUAAAGGAAGAUAUUGUUGAAAGGCUUUGGAUCUAUGUAGAUGCCAUUCUACAUAGCAGGAAACUGCAGAACCUCCUCAAGAAGGGAAAGACAAUAAAUGUCCAGGUUUCCCUUGCAAAGAUCAUAAAUGAAAGAAUAGCUGAGUUCUCCCUUUCGGGGUCCCAAAGAAACAUCUGUGCCGUCCUUCGCUGUUGCCAGGGCAUUCUCUCGACACCUGCCCUUGCUGUCAUCUACACGGCUAAACAGGAGCUGACGGUGGCUUUGCUGAGUCAGCUCUGCUGGUCAGCCUGCCGGCAGCCCGAAGGAACCACGACAGCCCAGCUGUUCGAGGUCAUUCACCUGGCCCUUGGACAUUACCUCUUGCUCCAGCAGCAGCAGGCCAACCCCAGACGUGUAUUUGGCGAUGUGACCGGGCACCUGCUCCAGCCCUGCCUGGUCCUGAGGCACUUGCUUUCUGGGGGCACGUGGACCCAGGCUGGCCAGGGCCAGCUGCGCCGGGAUGUUAGGAAUCAGAUUGACUCUCUGCUUCGAGGUGGGGUUUUUCCACCUGAUCUGCUCUCAUCCUACAAAGAGGAACUCUUAAGCCAGCUCGAAGGGAACACAAAGGUGGGGGCCUUGAAGAGUCUUCUUGCUCCAAUGAAAACUGUGAUUACCAGGCUGGUGGAUGGUGGCUACUGCAAAUCAGACCUUCAUGCCUCCGUCGUGGCCAGUUCAGUGGCCUUGUUGUACAGGCUCUUUCUGGACUCAUACCUCAAGCAGGAAAACCAGUUUCUCUGCUUCCAGGCUCUCCCCAGGCUGUUUGACUGCUUGCAAAUCUCACGCCUGCAGGAGGUGCAAAUGGAAGCCCUGUCCACAUCACACUGGACUGCAGAGCUUCUGGCCAUAGAGCAGUUGCUAAACUCAGUGGCCACCACCAACAUCUACAAUGUGGCUGCUGACAAGAUCAGGCACGGGGAGGCACAAUUCCACUUCUAUCGCCGUGCAGCUGAGCUGUUGCUAAGCCAUUCACAGGCACUUGUGCCUGCCUGGUUCCGCUGCCUCAAGAUUUUGGUGUCUCUCAAUCAUCUGAUUUUGGAGCCAGACCUGGAUGACUUACUGUCUUCAGCUUGGAUUGAUGCAGAAGUAACAGAACUUCGGACCAAAAAAGCCCAGGAGGUACUCAUUUCUACCCUCUUCCAGACAUAUGCCAAGCUACGGCAGGUGCCACGCUUGUUUGAAGAGGUUUUGGGGGUGAUCUGCCGUCCAGCUGCUGAGGCACUCAGGCAGCCUGUGUUGACCUCAGGUGCCUCCAAGGCACUCUGUGAGUGCCUUCUAGAGCUGCCACUGAGUCAGAUCCUGGACAUGUGGUCUCUUGUAUUGGAGAAGUUCCAGACUUUCGUCCUGCCCUGUUUGCAGAAUGAUACUGACAUGGCCCUGAAGGCACUGUCCCUGAGCUCGCUGCUGCACUGUGUCAUGUUCAACAUGCGGAGCCUGGACAGCAACACGCCCUUGCCUGCCAUCAGACGGACACAGGACAUAAUGGAAAAGAUGCUGGGAGAACUUGUGAAACCCCUGUUGGCCCUUUUAGACCACCGGGUCCCAAAGCCUGAGCUGUGGCAGCAGAAGGUGAGGGACUCCGCACUCCUGCUCUCUUACACCUGGGCCCAAGUGGAUGCCACCUUCAGUUUGCACUGUAAGCAGUAUCACUCCGCGGCAGGGCCCCUCACUGGGGCUACUCCAAAGAGCUCAAGUCUUCCGUUGUUGCUACCAGGUGUGGAAACACAGUUUUGGAAGAAGGUGGAAAACUGCGUAGCCCACUCUAGCUCUCUCAGCCAGUACUGCUUAGAGCAGCUGUACCUGCAGAAAGUGAAAAGGAUUUUAAUGCAGAGUGGCUCCCAGUCCAAAGAGGCCCUCCAAACUUUGAGGUCUGAUGCUGCCCACAUUCUUGGUUGUGGCAGAGACAGCUUGAGUCAGAAGACAGUAGCUGCCUGGGAUGGGCAGGUGGGCACAGUGAAUGAGCUCACCUAUCCUGUAGCACACUGGCACUUGAUUGUGUCAAACCUCACUGUUUUAAUACCAUACCUUUGUCUGAAUGACGUGAGAUACCUGGCCACUGUCCUAAUACAAACUUUACCAGCCAGCAAAGCACAGGAUGGCUCAGUGGAUGGUGAGCCAGAUAUCACAUUGCAGACAGUGUCCUCGGCUCUCCUUCACAGCCCUCUCUUUCCGGAGAUGCAGUCCCUCUACUCUGCCUUCCUAAUGUGCAUCAUUACGAGAUGUUGUAGCAUUCUGUGCUCUGGUGCCCAUAGUGACUUGGGUCCACUCAGUCACCAGCUGCCUUGGCUUUUUGAAAAGGACCAUGACAUGGUUGUGGCACAAUGGGAAGCCAAGCUGGCAAAAGUUGGACCUGAAGGUAUAGAGCCAAAAGAAGAAAUUGCCCAGAACUUAAUCUCCCUGGUCAAGAAUGACUUCCCCAUCCAGCUAGAGGAAGAGCAGCUGGAAGGCCUCCUGGAGCUCUUGGAAGUCAUUUCCACCCUGCGCCUGGACAGCUUCUUGCCACCCUACCACGUGCAUUAUUUUCUUACAUUGCUGUCCAUGGCCAUCUCCACACUAAGACGCUGCUCCUCUUCCCUGGCCCUGCAGUUCUUGGUGACUUGCUACCUGCUCCUUGGUGGCCUGCAGAGGGGAAGGAGUGCCCGUUCCGUAUUCAGGGUCAUGUAUGUUAGCGACGUUUUUGAGGUAGUGCUGACCUCACUGCUGCAAGCCAGUAAUGGGUUCCAGGUUGAGGAGGGUGACCCCUCUUGGCAGCAGCUCCUCCAAGUGGUGGGGGUGUUCUUGGAGCAACUCAUGCAAAUGCUCAUCCAGGUAAAGUUGAGCUUGGUGCUCAACUUUGGAAAAAUCACUACCUUCCUCUCAAGGUGCAGUGAGGGCGCUUCCGGCAAAGAAUUGGGAAUCCAGGGAUCCCUGGGCAGCCAGCUGCUUCUGGUGGCUCUAACCAAGUUGUGCCAAGUGCUGGGACCUUUUGUUAAGGAGCGGAGGCAGCUGCCAGAGGCCCCAGCAGCACUGCCUGAGCUGCUGCGGCAGGCCAUGCUGCAAACAGGCACCAUGUUGCAGCUCUGCUCAGUGCCUGGGCCUGGGGGCCGCCGCCUGCCCUCAGUUCUCCUCUCGGCUGUCCCCAUGCUCUUAGAUGUGGAUCUGAGCCAGCGCCACAGGGAUAAAGGGUCUGAAGUUGCUCAGGUGGUGACCAUCGACAGAGUGGUGCUCUCCCGCAUGUCCCUCUACCAGGACGUCUUCACGCAGCUGCUGUUGGAGUUGCCAGCCCUGGUGGAAAACUCUCAGUCUUUCCGGGCGGCCUUGCGAUUUCUAACUCUGUUCUUUCUGGCCCCAGAGCUUCAUCCCAAAAAAGGCUCAGUUUUUGCCUCCAUGUUUCAUUGUAUGAGGAAAGUUCUUACAGAUGCAGACGUUUCCCCUCAGGUUGCUGAGGACAUUGAGCCUCACUUGGGUGCCCUGCUCACCCAGAUGCUGGAGGCUGGGACAGCAGAGGACUUUAAGCUGGUGAUGUGGUCUGUCCUCCAGGGGCUGGAUAUCAGUCAUACGUGGAAAGCAGAUCUGCAAGCUGUUUUGUCUGCUAUUCGACUGCUUAAGCUGCUGCUCAGCUGCCCACUCAGUGGAGAGAAAGCAAGUUUGCUGUGGCGGGCAUGUCCCCAGAUAAUCACAGCUCUGACGCUGCAACACCGAGAGGCCUGUCAGGAGCAGCCUGUGGCCCUAGCAGUGAUCGAGCCCAUUCUUGACAUCCUGGCUGCCCUGCUACGCCAUGGGGAGGAGGCCAUCAGCAACCCUCACCACGUCAGCCUGGCCUUCAGCAUCCUGCUCACCGUCCCUCUGGACCACCUGAAGCCGCAGGAGUACGGCAGCAUCUUCCUGAAGAUGCACAAUGUGCUGUUCUCCAUCCUGCAGUGCCACCCUAAGGUGAUGCUGAAGGCCACCGCAUCCUUCCUGAACUCCUUUAACAGACUGCUGUUUUCAGUUAUGCACGAAGGGCGGCAGAAAGACAAAGGGAGCACAGAUGACCUGCACGUGGCCCUUGAGUGCGCACGCCUGGUGGAGAGGAUGUACAGCCACAUCGCUGCUCGAGCCGAGGAGCUCGCCGUGUUCUCGCCCUUCCUGGUGGCCCAGUAUGUGACAGAGGCGCAGAAGCUGACCUUGUAUCCGGCGGUGAAGGACCUGCUGCAGGAAGGCCUGUACCUUGUGCUGGAUCUCUGCCUCGAGCCCGACAUCCAGUUCCUGCGCACCUCGCUGCAGCCAGGAGCACGCGAUGUCUUCAAGGAGCUGCACAGCGACUACCUCAAGUUCCACAAGGCGAAGCGGGAAGGAGAGAAGAGAUACACCGCCUAGACUGGCCGCCGAGGCCUGCUCGUCAGGGGCCCCGGCACAGGCUGUGGCCUCCUAGUGCAUUGCCACGGAGAACGAACCACUUCAUUUGUUCUCGGGCGGGGUUGACACCUGGGGGAAACCCUCUGGA